CUUUGAGCGGGACUGUCAUGGCUGCGCCCGUGUGCAGCCACAGGGUACCGUUCUAUGGAUAGUCUACAGCAUAUGCUCUGUUUUAGAAAGAAGUCAAGUUUUGCUGCAUUGUGAGUAUUUGGAAGUGUGCCCGUGGGGAGCAAAAUGAGUAACAAAGCACACUCCUUGCUCUGGAACGUCGGACAGUUGCGUGCUGUGCUUCCAAGAAGCAGAGUUUUGAGGAUAGAUCCUCUGGGAUUUUGCAGACCAGAAGUUGUUUAUUCAAAAUGGAACCCAAGAAACCGCCUGUUAAAUGGUUUUGAGGAUGGACUGUGGCCAGCUGUUAGAUGCUUCUUUCAGGGUAUUUUGAAAUCAGUAGAUGAUUGUACUCAAACUAAAGGCGUAAGACACGCAGUUGUCUUUAAAUUUGGCAGAGUGCUUUGUCCUAGAAGACUAUCCUCUGACUCAGAACAUUCUCUUGUCUCUGAUGGGGCAUCUGAUCAUGAUUUAAUGAAAAUAAACUUCCAUCAUAGCUCCAGUGAAGACGUGCUCACCAAGAAGAUGAGACCAACCCCCAUGAGUCAUAAAAAGCUGGCCCAGGAGUGUAACUCCUUGAGUGACGUGCUCGACACUUUCUCAAGAGCGCCCACAUUUCCUAGCAGUAGCUAUUUCUUAGCAAUGUGGACAAUUGUCAGAAGGGUGUCUGGAGACAAGAGGCGCUUUGAGAUACAGCUGAUGUUCGGUCACCCCGCCUUUCAUCAGCUGUGUGCGCAAAUGAUGAGAGAAGCCAAGAUUAUGCACUAUGACCACCUUCUCUUCAGUCUGAAUGCUAUCAUGAAGCUGGGCAUCCCCCAGAAUGCUCUUAUGGUUCAGACGUUGCUGAGGACGAUUCAGGAGCGCAUCAAUGAGUGUGAUGAGAGAUGUCUUUCAAUUUUGUCAACUGCUUUAAAGACUUUGGAGCCAUGCAUGAAUGUGAAUGCGCUUCGAGCAGGGUUGCGAAUCCUAGUUGAUCAGCAAGUUUGGAAGAUAGAACACAUCUUCACAUUACAAACAGUGAUGAAAUAUAUCGGGAAAGACACACCAUUUGCUCUUAAGAAGAAACUGGAGAUGAAAGCCUUGAAGGAGUUGGACAGAUUUUCUGUCUUGAAUAGCCAACACAUGUUUGAAGUACUGGCUGCGAUGGAUCACCGCUCUGUUGUCCUUCUGAAUGAAUGCAGUAAGGUGGUCAUAGAUAAUAUCCACGGGUGUCCUUUUAAAGUCUUGAUUGGCAUACUGCAGUCCUGUAGAGACCUGCGAUACCAAAAUGAAGAUCUCUUCAAGAGCAUAGCUGACUAUGUGGCUACAACUUUUGAAAUCUGGAAGCUGAAACAGGUCAUCUUUUUUCUCCUGUUAUUUGAAGACCUUGGUUUUCGACAUCCUGAUUUGAUGGAUAAGCUUAUGGAGAGGGUAGUGGAGGAGCCUGAUGCUCUAAACAUGAGAAACAUUGUUUCUAUCCUUCACGUGUAUUCCUCUCUCAAUCACAUCUGCAAAGGCCAAAACAGAGAGUUCCUAGAAGCCAUGACCAGUGCUCUGACUGCCCAUCUUCACCACAUCUCUGCUGAAAACCUACUAAGUACCGUGUAUUCGUUUUGCCUGAUGAAUUAUUUCCCCCUGGCCCUCAUUAACCAGCUUACUGAAAAGAAGAUCAUCAACGAAUUGCUGACUUCAGGUGACACAGAGAAGAAUAUUCAUAAACUUCAUGUUUUGAAUACUUGUCUGAAACUUGAUGAAAAUGCUUGUUACAAAGCUACACACAUACCGCUGCCUCAGCUGCCGCUGUCCCCGGCGCACCCCAAUGACAGGGUUGCAGAGGUGCUCAGCAACCUUCUGGAAGGUGAUGGAUGCUUCUCGAGAAAUGUGCAAUUGCCACAUAAUUAUCACAUUGAUUUUGAAAUCAGAAUGGAUAAGAACAGGACUCAAGUAUUUUCAUUUUCCGAUGUAGAUGCAACUUCUGCCACAAACAUGCAAAGAGUAGCAGUGCUGUGUGUUCCUAAGUUUGUUUAUUGUCUGAAUUCAAGCCACCCCAGAGGAUUGUUUGCUAUGAAAAUUCGACAUUUGGAAGCAAUGGGUUUCCAUGUGAUUUUGAUCCAUAACUGGGAGCUGAGAAAGCUGAGGAUGGAGGAUGCAGUAGCAUUUGUGAAGGCGAAGAUCUAUUCCCCCAAAGCUCUUCCCACCACUGAUGCAACUGUGUAAAGCAUGGGUUAAAGCAAGCAGGAGCCUCUUCACACUGGAGCACACGAAAUGACUGUAAUAAAGGCUGUGAUUCAAUUAUC